AUGUUGCUGCGUGCCCAGAUCCUGCUGCUGGCCCUGGCUGGGGUGCCCUACGGAGCACUGGCUGUCCGGGAAGCCGAGGCGAUGCUGGGCCCGCGGGACCUGCGUGUGAGCGAGCGGGGCCACGGCUCCCUGCGGCUCAGCUGGACCCCCCCACCGGGCACCGUGACGGGGUAUCUGCUCCACGUGCAGCCCCUGCUGCCCUCGGGGCAGCCGCAGCCAGCAGGGCAGCGGCAGCUGGCGGUGGGCGGUGACACCGACACGCUGCUGGUGACAGACCUGCGGCCCAGCACCGAGUACGUCCUCACCCUCAGGGCCACCCACGGGGACGCCCUCGGACAACCCGCGGCUGCCACCGGCAAAACGACUCCCGUCCCUCCCGUCACCAACUUCCGGGUGGUGGAAGAAGGACCUUUCAGCCUGAAGGUGGCCUGGACCCCUCCCCCCGGCAAACUGGAGGGCUACAAGAUCUACAUCCCCAGGGCCUCCAGGCCGGGCGUGGCCCACGAGCAGGUCCUGCGGGGCGACGUCUCCUCCCACGUGCUGGCCAACCUGCAGGAGGACCGGCAGUACAACGUCAUCCUCUACGCCGUGCACCCCCAGGGGCCCAGCCAGCCCGUGGCUGCUCUGGGGAGGACGUUGAAGGUGCUGGCCGUGGAAAAGCUGGUGCUGCAGAACGAAACCACGGACACGCUGCGGGCCACGUGGAGCGCCGUGCGGGGAGCCACGGGAUACCGGCUCACCUGGACAUCUGCAGAGGGCACCGUCCAGGACGUGACCCUGAGCAGCAGCUACAGCCACUACCUGAUCCAGGGGCUGCAUCCAGGCGUGGAAUACACGGUCACCAUCAACCCCAUCUUCGGGAAUGUCGAGGGGCCCCUGCUGAGCGGGAAAGCCACGACGGUGGCCUCCAGCACUGUGCAGGCACUGAAAGUGAGUGAGGUUUCCAUCAGCAGCCUCCUGGUCUCCUGGGAGCCGGUUGCCGGAGCCACCGGUUACAGAGUGGCUUGGGGUCCUACACCAGAGUUCCUCGGCAGGGCCCGUCCCCGCCACGUGUCCCUGGGCCGGCGGGUGACGUGGCAGCGUCUCCGUGCGCUGGCUCCCGGCAGCGAUUACGUCAUCUCCGUGUCCGUGCUCUUCGGAGCCGCCGAGGGCCCCGCCGUCACCACCUCGGCCAGGACCGCUCCCCUCGGCUCCGUCCCCGAGUUCAGGGUGACGUCACACACCAGCAGCAGCCUGUCCUUGGCCUGGAGCGCCACCACAGCUGCCACCAAAUUCCGACUCACCUGGAGCCCCCUGGGAGCAGGAGAAGGAAAGCAGGUUGCCAAGAGCCAGCUCCUGGGCAGCAGAACGUUGGCCCAUCGGAUCGACCGCUUGGAGCCCGACACGCCCUACAGGGUCGGAAUUCGGGCUGUUUUUGGCCGGACUGAGGGGCCAGAGGUGACCCUGACUCACCACACAGCGUCUCCCGCAGAUCCCAAGCCCAGCCAGGCCCUGAGGGUCACUGCCACUGCUGGGAACACUUUGGAGCUCUCCUGGAAGAGGCUUCCCGGGAUAACUCACUCUAAGAUAUCCUGGGGCCCAUCCAGUGGUGGCUUGGAAAGCUCCCAGCUGGUUGGGGCAGGGGCAGAUUCCUUCACCACCCAGACCUCCUACACCAUCCACGUGUCUGGAAUGGUCAGAGGGCAGGAGGGACCCCCCAUGGUGCUGACAGCCCAAACCUUGGAUUUACCCAAAGUCUCCGAGUUCACGGUGCAGGAGGCCACGGACACCACUGUCCUGCUGUCCUGGGCUGUUCCUGGAGCAUCCACCUACAAAUUAACCUGGCAGUUGACCUCAGCUCCUGCUGUUUCCCAGGAGGUGCUCCCGGCAGCUUCCAGCUCGUUCCGGGUGUCGGGAUUGCGCACCGGGAGAACGUAUCAAUUCUCCAUCAAACCCAUCUUUGGGGACGUGGAGGGACAGGAGACAACUCUCCAGGGGCAAACAGGAGUGAAGGCUGCAGACCUGCCCUCCACUUUCACCUGGCAAGCCGCUGUGGCACCUCCUGGAGGGUCAGAGAGCGCUCCUACUGGGCUGGCUACGAGGAGGACCCCCCCCACACCUCCCAGCAGCGUGGGGGUCACUGCUCUCCCAGUGGGCACCAUCACAAAGCUCCCACCGAGCCUCGAGGUCCCCCCGGCCACCAGCGCCGUGUCCCCUCCACCGACGACUCCCCCCGGGCCUGUCUGUGGGAAGCUCAGAGCAGACAUCGCAUUCCUGGUGGACGAGUCCUCGAGUAUCGGCCAGAGCAACUUCAACAGGGUGAAGGAAUUCCUGUUCCGGAUCGUCUCCUACUUCCCAAAGAUUGGCCCCGAGGGGACACAGGUGGCCCUUGCCCAGUUCAGCGAGGAGCCCCGGGCAGUUUUCCACUUCCACCAGCACCGCGACCGCAAGGGCGCCCUGAGGGCCAUGCGGGGGCUGAGCUACAGCGGAGGCAACACCAGAACAGGUCGUGCCAUCUCCUUCGUGCUGCAGGAGCUUUUCCAGCCCUCCAGAGGGAUGAGGCCCCAUCUUCCUCGGCUGCUGCUGCUGCUGACGGAUGGACCCUCCCAGGACGACGUGGGGCCACCAGCCAGAGCAGCCCACGCUUUGGGGAUCCCCAUCCUGUCAGUGGGGGUGUCUGGGGCUGACCCCCUGCAGCUCAGCAGGAUCUCCCCACGGCAGAACCUCCAGUUCUACGUCAGCACCUUCGAGGACCUUCCCCAGCUCCUGCAGGAGCUCAUCGAGGCCCUUUGCUCUGCCCCUGCACAGGUGGCCAAAAACGAGGCCACCCAGCCCUUUGGUGACACAGAGAUCGAGCCACAAGACCCUGAGCCGUCCUCAGCCCAACCACAGGUCCAAGAAGAGCAGAAGCCCUGUGGUCCCUGGUGUUCCAAGAGCUCCGGGCCUUCAGCAGCUCCCAGAGGGUGGGACCCAAACAGCUCCCCCACCAAGGGCGAGAAGGGCGAGAGGGGGCUCCCUGGAAAGGAUGGAAUUCCGGGGCUGCCGGGCCGGCCGGGCCGGGCGGGUCCUCCUGGUCCCCCUGGACUCACGGGUCUCCCUGGCAUCCAAGGGGAUGUUGGACCUCCUGGCUCUCCAGGACCAGCAGGGCCAAAAGGAGACAGAGGAGAGCCAGGAUAUGUCCUGGGAGGAGUGGAGGUGAUUCCAGGCCGGAAUGGGCAGCCUGGCCCCGCUGGCCCCAAAGGGCAGCCAGGGGUUCCUGGGGUGACAGGACCACCGGGAUCGCCGGGAUUACGGGGACCUCCAGGAAUCUCCAUCAAGGGGGAACCAGGGGAUCCAGGCACCAGGGGCCCUCGUGGGAGGAGCGGCCUCAAGGGGGACACAGGAGCUCCAGGAGAGCCGGGCAAUCCUGGUUUGCCGGGCCCUGGGGGGCUCCCUGGAGAAAAGGGAGCGGCAGGAACUGGAAUUCCGGGUCCCAAGGGGGAAGAAGGAGAGCAGGGCGCGACGGGACCUCCGGGAGCUCCAGGACCAAAGGGAAUUCCGGGAGCUCCGGGGCAGAAGGGAGAGCAAGUUUUGGGACCUCCAGGCAAGAAAGGCAUCAAGGGAAAUCCAGGAUUUGGCAUUCCUGGUCAGCCGGGGCCGAAGGGAGACACGGGAGACAGGGGAAAUGUGGGGUUGUCAGGAAAACCCGGGCAGAAGGGGGACGUUGGGCCCAAGGGAGAGAAAGGGGAGCCGGGAGCGCCUGGGAAAGCGGGAGAGGCCGGACUGAGGGGCAGAGAUGAUCCCCCUGGGAAAAGGGCCACGAGUGGUUUCCAGGGAGAAGCUGGAAAACCAGGAGUGAGGGGAAUCAGGGGCCCUCCUGGAUUCCCGGGACGAGCUGGAGAGCGAGGGAUGAAAGGAGACCCUGGAAAACCUGGAAAGGAUGGGGAUCGUGGGAAUGACGGAUUAAGAGGUGAAAGAGGCCCCCCAGGCCCCAAGGGAGAACCUGGAGCACCAGGCAGAGGAGUGGAAAUGAAGGACCUGGAGAGGCUCUUGGAAGGCCACGGGAUCAAGCUGGCCCUGCUGAGGGCACUGUGCCAGGAGCUCCAGCGGCGCGGCCCGGCCGGGCUGGGGUGGCAGCCGGGGACGAGUCACAGCUCUGGGGACAACCACGCGGAUCUCCUGGUGCUGGAUCCUUCUCCUGGUGUCCUGGGCAGCCCUGAGGGGACAGGAGAAGGCCAGAGCCUGGAGCUGGAGCCCGUGGAGUCACCAGGGUCUGGAGGACUCCCCAGGGGUCCUCCUGCUGGUGGUUCUGACCCCCCUGGGUACCAAUUCCCGGGAAACCCUCUGGAAUCCUUGGAGAAAACACCCAGGGAAAGGCAGAGGGAGAGGGACUCAGGAGGGACAAACUCCUCCCUCCUCAGGGGCUCGGCGGUGCCUCCACAAUUCCCAGAGGAGGAGCUGCCAGGAAACCAAUCCAUGGAAAUUCCUGAGGACUGGGAGGAGCCACGGCAGGACCUCAGCCAGGGAGAAAUGGGAGCUCCUGGAAUGCGGGGAGACAAAGGAGAGAAGGGCCAGCCUGGAGAGGUGGGAGAAUCCGGAUUAAAGGGCUCCAGAGGGGACCGAGGGGAAGGAGGUCGGAAGGGAGAACCCGGAAUUGGGUUCAGAGGUCCUGUAGGUCAGGCUGGACCACCUGGAUUUAAGGGUGAGCCGGGAGCGCCGGGACCUCCAGGAGCUCAGGGCAUCCAGGGCAUCCGUGGCACCGCCGGAAUUCCCGGAUCCCAGGGGGACAGGGGGGCUCCAGGAUUGCCUGGAAUGCCGGGACAGAAGGGGGAACGCGGCAGGAGAGGCCGGAAUGGAGCGCCGGGGCCCGUGGGAGCAUCCGGAGCACCGGGAAAAGAGGGAAUUCCCGGCGUUCCCGGAGCCAAAGGCAACAAGGGAGAAAGCGGCGUUGGAGCCUCCGGCCCGAGAGGUCCCCGUGGAAUUCCUGGCCCUCGGGGUGCCGAGGGCCUGGCGGGACCCCGCGGGGCCGUGGGAAUGCCGGGCCCCAAAGGCUUCCCGGGAGCGAAGGGGGAUCGGGGUGAGCGGGGACUUCUGGGAGCCAAAGGAGAACGAGGGGACACCACAGCUCUUUUGGGACCUCAGGGCUACAAGGGCAGCAAAGGAGACCCCGGUGAGCAGGGAAUGCCGGGAUUUGAUGGAGACAAAGGAGAGAAGGGAGAGGAUGGGCCUGGAGGAGACAAGGGAGUGAAAGGAGACGCUGGAUCCAAGGGAGUGAUGGGACCCUUUGGAGCCAGAGGACCCGUGGGACAGAAGGGAGAGCCGGGGGAGCCGAGUUCGCCGGGCCCUGCCGGGGCAGCAGGUCUGGAUGGGAAGGACGGGAACAAGGGAGCCAAAGGUGACAGAGGCCUCCAGGGGCUGAUGGGGAAGCCGGGAUGGAAAGGUGAUCGUGGGACCCCCGGAGACCCCGGGCAGAAAGGAGCAAAGGGAUUCCGAGGAUUCCCAGGACACGCCGGAGCUCCCGGAGCCAAAGGCACCAAGGGAGAAAUGGGAAGUCCUGGAAAACGGGGAAUCCCAGGAUCCGACGGACGGCACGGAAUGAAGGGGGAUCAGGGAGCAGCAGGGAAGGAGGGAGCCUCGGGAAUUCCUGGGGAGAAAGGAAUGAAGGGAGCCAAGGGAGUUCCUGGGCUGGGAGGCUUCAAGGGGCAGAUGGGAUGGCCUGGGAAGGCUGGAAUGGCUGGAGCAGAUGGACCUCGAGGGCCCCGGGGAGAGCCAGGACCACAGGGUCCUCCAGGGAAAAGAGGGAAGUGCCAGCUCUGCCUCAGGGGCCCCCCGGGCACGGAGGGACCGAAAGGAGCCACGGGUGAGAACGGCCCGGCCGGCCGGAAAGGAGAAAAGGGACAUCCCGGGCUCUCGGAGGAAGAGGUGAGGGAGGUGGUGAGGAGCGAGCUGAGAGGCAGAUGUGAUGGUGGAGCUGAGAUGGGAAUGGUGCUCCUGGAAAAGGAGGCUGAGGAUACGAUGGAUCCCUGGGAGCAGGAGCCGCUCCAAGGAACCCGCGGGGAAUUCCCAGCCUCCUGCCUGCAGCCCAUGGAUGAGGGACCCUGCCAGGAUUAUUCCCUGCUCUGGUACUUCCACCCCGAGGCCAAAACCUGCCGGCCCUUCGUUUUUGGGGGGUGCCGCGGGAACGGGAAUCGCUUCCCAUCCCGGCGGGAAUGCGAGAGGAGCUGCGGAGCCCCGGCAGGCAGAGGGAGCUGAGCAGCUGCAAUUCCCUCCUUGGAAUCCGAGA